ACCGGAAACGUGUUGUUUUCUGGUCUCAUUCGUUUUACUACUAUGCAGAUGAUUAGUUGUUAGCCUUUAAAAAAGUCUGACUUUGUUGCAUAUCUAGGUGAAAUUGUACAACUCUGUCACUAAAAACACGUCCCCGAGACAUUAGGUGAAAUGGAAGGACAACGCUGGUUACCUCUGGAGGCUAAUCCUGAAGUAAUGAACCAAUUUUUACGACAGUUGGGCUUAGUACCUAGCUGGCAGUUUGGAGAUGUAUAUGGUUUGGACCCAGAGCUUCUUACGCUGGUGCCAAAGCCUGUGUGUGCUGUCCUGCUCCUCUUCCCUGUCACAGAAAAGUACGAGUCAUUUAGACUGGAGGAGGAAGCAGAGAUUAAGGCACAGAGACAGGAAGUGUCAUCAGAGGUGUACUUCAUGAAACAAACUAUUGGAAAUGCAUGCGGCACCAUAGGGUUGAUUCACGCAGUAGCAAAUAACCAAACAGUCCUUGAGUUUGAGGCUGACUCACCCCUGAAGACGUUUAUUAUGCAGUCCUCUAAGAUGAGCCCAGAGGAAAAAGCAGCCUUCCUAGAAAAAGAUGAGAGUAUCCGUGUAACACAUGAAUCAAGUGCUCAGGAGGGUCAGACAGAGGCUCCAAGUGUUGAUGAAAAGGUGGAUUUACAUUUUAUUGCCUUUGUGAAUGUUGGAGGACAUUUAUAUGAGUUGGAUGGUCGGAAACCAUUUCCAAUAGUUCACGGGAAAACCACAGAGGACAGCUUCCUUGAGGAUGCUGCAGAUGUUUGUAAGAUCUUCAUGGCACGUGAUCCCCAAGAGCUUCGCUUCACUGUUGUGGCUCUCUCCAAAGCAUAAAACACUCACAUACUUUCAGUUUACUGAAGAAGAAACUGCCAGCCAUUCGCAAAUAAUGUUUUCAUUCUUACAAGAUUGAAUUACAUCUUUGAUAAAAUGGGUAUUUGCUAAUAUUUUGCUGCACAGAAUGAAACACAAAGAAAUGGAAUGUGUCCAUGUACACAUUCAUAGGCUUUUUUAAAAAAUUAUGUUUAAUUACUACUAGAAUUAUAACUAUGCCUUUUCUGCUCUGUCCUACAUACUGACACCUAAUUUAAAUUAAACCAGAACUGAUUAGUGGUUUCGCGAAACAUUGCAAAAGAACAAAUCAUGUGUGUGAAACAUGAAUAAAGUUGUCUUUUUUCUGAUUCACUAAAUUCCAUUAAAGGUAAAGCUCUUUGUAA